AUGGUGUGUCUGUGGCUCCCCUGCCUGGAAGCUCUGACCGUGAUACUGAUGAUGCUGAGCUGUCCCGUGGCUUUGGUCAGGGACUCCCGACCACGUUUCUUGCAUCAGAUUAAAUGUGAGUGCCAUUUCUCCAAUGGGACCGAGCGGGUGCAGUUCCUGGAGCGACACAUCUAUAACCAGGAGGAACACCUGCGCUUUGACAGCGACAUAGGCGAGUACCGCGCCGUGACCGAGCUGGGGCAGCUGCAAGCCCAGUACUGGAAUGGCCAGAAGGAUUUGCUGGAGCAGACCCGGGGUGAGGUAGACACAUACUGCAGAUUCAACUAUGCGAUCAUAAAGAUGUUGUCUGCUCAGCAGAGAGAAAAGCCCCAGGUGACUGUGCACCCCUCAAAGACCCAGCACGUACAGCACCACAGCCUCCUGGUCUGCGCUGUGAGUGGUUUCUACCCUGGCCACAUUGAAGUCACAUGGUUCCGCAACGGCCAGGAGGAGACGGCUGGGGUUGUGUCCACAGGCCUGAUCAGGAAUGGAGACUGGACCUUCCAAACCCUGGUGAUGCUGGAGACCGUUCCUCAGAGUGGAGAUGUUUACACUUGCCAGGUGGAGCACCCCAGCCUGCCCAGCCCUGUCACAGUGGAGUGGAGGAUGAGUUCUGGAUCUGCACAGAGCAAGAUGCUGAGCGGAGUUGGGGGCUUCGUGCUGGGCCUGCUCUUCCUCGGGGUGGGGCUGUUCAUCUACUUAAGGAAUCUGGAAGGACAGUCUGGACUUCAGCUAACAGGUAAUGCCCUUCCAUCCUCUCAGACAGGUUUGCUCUCCCCACAGCACAGGGCAGAGGUGACAGGACAUUAG